AUGGAAGCAGAUGGUAGGUGGACUCUUCAAGGCAAUACUGCCAUUGUUACCGGAGGCACUCUAGGCAUUGGGCAUGCCAUUGUAGAAGAACGAGCAAGUUUUGGAGAAAAUGUUUAUACGUGUUCAGGUAACCUAAUGGAGCUUGAGGAAGGUCUUCUACAAUGGAAAGCUAAAGGUUUCAAAGUGGGAGGGUCUGUGUGUGAUUUACUAUCAAGAUCCCAAGGAGAAAUAUUUAUGGACAACGUUAGCAGUUAUUUCGAUGGAAAAAUCCACAUUCUUAUAAAUAAUUCUGCUGUAGUUAUAUCAAUUUUAGCUACAGAGUUCACUCAUGAAGAUUACAACAGCAUGAUGUUCAUAAAUUUAGAGGCGUCUUACCAUUUAUCCCAACUAGAACAUCCUUUCUUGAAGGCCUCAGGAAAUGGAAGAAUUGUCUUCAUUUCGUCUGUUGCCGGAAUUGUGUUUUUGCCCUUAUGUUCCAUCUAUUCAGCAGCUAAAGGGGCAAUGAACCAAUUGACAAGGAGUUUGGCAUGUGAAUGGGCUAAGGACAAUAUUCGAGUUAAUGCAGUUGCAGCAUGGGUAAUCAAAACCUCUCUCAUUGAAGCUGCUUGUCAAGAUCCAGACGAGAAAGAAAGUAUCAACAAAUUAGUGAGUCGGGACUCCUGUUGGUGGUCGUCCUGGAGAGCCAAAAGAAGUUCAGCAAUGGUUUCCUUCCUUUGCUUUCCAUGUGCUUCAUCUAUCACUGGACAAGUUAUGUGUGUUGAUGGAGGAAUAACUAUUAAUGGAUCUUCUUAAUCAUUGUCAUCACAUAGAAUAAAAAAAAGUCAUCGAUUUAACGGUCAAUAUUUGGUUGACAAUUUAACAUGGCAAAGGAUCAGAAGUCCUGAAUUUGAAUCUUAAUGUGUCACCUAAUUUCAACAAAUUAUUUUCACACUUAGCUAACAUUUAAACUCUUGAUUGUACGUGAGUGGAUACGUUUAUAGUUCGAUGAUAAAA